GACAAAAAUGAAAAAUUAAUUAUAAAAAAUGGAUUUGCUUUUUGGUGGAGUUGUUAUAUAUGACUGUUUUGUAUGCUUCCCAAUUCUUGUUGGGUUAAUUUUAGUUGACUGCUUCAAGAUAAAAACUUGCAAGUCUCCUUUGCGGAGCCGGCGAAAAAUGCCUCACGGUUUGUCUGAUGGUGUCUCCGCCAUGGAGGUCUUCUUCACAACACUCCCUAGGGAGAUAUCUGUUUCUCUCUCGCCCAUGCCAAACAGCAACUUGAACCGGAUACUAUCCGCCGCCGUGAUCUCCACCGCGUCACUAUCUCUCAAACCCAUGCCAGCUUUUGCAAAAAUAUCCCAUCCUGAGCUGUUGAACUUUGAGGUUCAGGAGAAUCAAGCACUGUGCUACUCCACACAACCCAACAGAUCACAGAUCGAAAAUGAAAUGAAAGAUCACCCCAUGUGGCGUUUAGAUUGUUGGAAAUCGCCCCCUCCUUCUUUGUCAUUUCUGGACUCGUCACCUGAAAUUCCUGCAGGUGGGAAGUUGCCCGAUCAAGGGGAAUCGGCUAAAAAACUGUUUGUUGACUCUAAACUGGUUGUGUACGAGGAUAUUAUAGUUGGUACAGGACAGCCUAUCAAUGAUCCAGAGUUAUUAAAAGUGAAUUUCCAUUAUGAUUUCUAUGAAAGCUCUGAAAGGCCUCAUCGAUGGGGCAAUUAUGGGAGUAAAAAGAAUUCCAAGCGAAAACCUGAAGAGAUUUACCUGUGCAAGCAUAAUUUUGGAAAAGGAUUCGAGAAAGGAAUACAAGGUAUGCGAGAGGGAGGAAUAAGGAAGAUUUUUGUGCCCAAAGAAUUUUCACCUAUUUUACAUUUGCUAUUACAUAUAUUUCUCUCAAAUAAGAGCCAGCCCACCGUUGAUUGUACAGGGCGAAAAUCCGGGGGCUUUUUACGUGGAGUUGCUUCAAGUUUGCCCAUCAGUGCAAUGUCACAUUAGAAAUAAAUUUCCGUGAUAUGUAGUUUUUUAAUUCUUAAAUAAGAAAAAUAUGUGAUAUAUGAAGUUUUUUCUUUAUCAACAAUGAAGGUAAAUUUACUCAUAAUUAUUAGAAUGAAUGAUUCAGUAUUUUCUC